AUGUCACAAUUUUCAGGGAAUACGGAGGAAUUUAAUAUUUGUAAUUGCGGUAACUCUUGUCUUGUAAGAACCUCAAGGACUCCAAACAACCCAGGUCGUACAUUUUUUGGUUGCAAGAUUCCAAAAGAUAAGGGUGGAUGUGGUUAUUUUAGAUGGAUUGAUCAUUCUCCAGAGGUUGAGCUUUUGAAGGAGAAGCUUAAAGAGGUUGAAGAAGAGAGGAAUACAUUGAAACACAAAAUGAAGGAUAUUGGAGACAAGAUUGAUUCAUUGAAACAAAAAUUGAAGGUAACUAAGCAAGAGAGGGACUGUGAAAAAGCCAAAUUCAAAAGGCUUGUGAUCGUUGUUCUAUGUGUAUUAGUUGCAAAAAUUCUCUUUGGCCUUGUCUAA